AUGGGUAAGUCUAAGAACAGGAAGGAGAAGCGGCCCGGGCUGGCGGAGAAGCAGGCCAGGGUGCGCAACGUGGUGAGCAUGGGGUACGACCCCGAGUGGGAGGAUGAGGCCAUUGGCAAGAUGGCCGAAUGUGAGCAGCAUGCGGCUGAGAAGGCCGCUCUUCGUCGGGCUGCCAUGGCCACCUCCCGCCACCAGCACGUCCCCCCGCCGGGAGCGCCUGCCAUCCCGCCCGCUGCACCACCUGCCAUGGCCCCACUGGAGGCCGAUCCCGCCCUUGCGCCCCCUGCACCACCCGCCAUGGCCCCGCUGGAGGCCGGUCCCGCCCUUGCCCCUCCUGCAGAGCCUGCCCCUGCCAUAGCCCCGCCUGCAGUGCCAGCGGCGGGUGGUGCCCCCGUUGUGUAA